AUGAGUCCCAUCGUGUUGCACAGCAAUCCUUUACCCGAGGAUGCUACGUGGAGCUUCAAUGCUACAGUUCCUCCCCCACGUCGACCCGGAUUUGGCAAGCAUGUAUCAUUCUCUCCGCAAGCUAUCACUCUGGACAUGGUCUCCUUUCCAUCAAACCGAAUUCUUAAUGCAGAUGACACGUCUAAGUUCAUUCUAGCAUCGUUCGAGGCGUUACGAUUCCCAAAUACACCUGCCUCCACCUCGAGGGAAUACAUGGUGCGAUUGUUCCAGGCAGGGUUCUUUCUGAAUGGUGUACAAUAUCGAUUCUACGGCCACAGUAACUCGCAGCUGGUGAAUAUCUCCAUUCGUCGUGAGCCAGGUUCUGAUUUAGUAUUUUAG